UUAACUUCUCUCUUUACUCAUACUUAUUUAUCUAUUUCACUAACGUCAGCUCCCCUAAUAAAAGGAAACGUUGAUAAUUUUGACACAUCCUACGUGUAAGAUGGCUAUUCAACGGCUGUGUGCCAGUUUAGUUCUCCUUUUUGUGCUUGUUGAUUCAGAUUGCCCUUCUAACUGGAAACACAUUGGGAAUUAUUGCUUCUUUUUCAGUAAAGAUACAGAAACAUGGAUAAAUGCAAGGCUAAUGUGCAAUAAUUAUCAGUCUCAUCUGGGUGAAAUUACAAGUGAAGAUCAGAACAAAUUUGUCACAAAGUUUGUUGCCGACCUUAAUCAUGACUUUUGGAUCGGAGCCGCUGAUGUUCUAAAGGAGGGAGAAUGGGUGUGGUAUAACAGUCACCAAAUAAUCGAUAACUCCACCUACUCAAAUUGGGCUGCAAAUGGAUUGGACGAUGCAAAUGGCAACGAAAACUGUGCACAGAUAGGACCAACUGGAGAAUGGCAUGACGCUCAGUGUGACCAGUCACAUUACUAUAUUUGUCGACGCAGUACCGAUCACAAUGGCGAAGUAUUUGGAUAAGCUGGCAACCUCCGAUGAUAUUUUAUAAUACAUUCAAUGAAAUAAAUGGUCAAUCAGU